UGUUUGUUUUCUCUCUCUCCAUCCAACGCUUCGCAAUGUCGUCAAGACAGAAACGUUCUCGCGAGGAGCCUCUUGAAGCCACUGAGACUGAUAUUUCUGAAGUUAUAGACGCUGACACUGAUGAAGAUGAAGAAGAAGAAGUAGAAGAAGAAGAAUAUGUGACUAUCGAUAUGUCACUUGUACGCAAGGAGGUUGAGUGUCCUAUUUGUCUUGGCAUCAUUCGGAAAACAAGUACAGUAAUGGAAUGCUUACACCGCUUUUGCAGAAAGUGCAUAGACAAAUCUAUGCGCCUUGGCAACAAAGAAUGUCCUAGUUGCCGUACACAUUUGGCUAGUCGACGCUCACUAAAAGAUGACCCAAACUAUGAUAUCUUGAUUGCUACUCUCUUUCCAAACAUUGACAAGUUUGAGGAAGAGGAAUUUGCUUCGCUUGAAGAAGAGUUGGGUCUUCCUAAGAAGGGGAUUUGAAAGCUUCAUGUUGCAUCACAUGCUCUGGUUGGGAUCGAUGAGAGACAUUUGUGUAAACUUAAAUAUCUUAUCAUAUAUAUUGAAACCACCAUAUUAUUGAAGACAUUUGUAGGACUUUAGUAAAAUAAUUUUUAUAUUCAAAUAUAUGUGUGGUUCACUCUA